AGUGCUUCCCUAAAAAUUCAAUCUAAACUGCUGUAGAGACCAGCCUCGACCAGGAGGGGUCGCUCUUUCAUCGGAGCAACCACCCCUUAGCUUCCAACACCUCCCACGGUCAGUCCUUUCCCAACCCAGCCAACUUAUAACAGCCCCCGGGCGAGCAGGAAAGGAGAGAGCAGAACCUUGGCAGAAGCUGUUGUUGGAAGGAAGCUGUAGCAGUUGGUGGUACCACAGAGGCUCUUGGAAACUCCCAGAACCCGGGGACCGUCGUAGUUUGCAAAAGAGACGAAGAAAGCAGUGUUGGACGUUCCAGAGUGUCCGUAUCGGAGCACCACCCCCGGGGACACCUGUUCCUCUCCCUCCACCCUACUCUCCACCCCUUCCGACCCGGCGCCACCCGGCGCGCCCGGGAGCGCAAUGAAUCCCGUGCUGGGCAACCAGACCGAAGCGGCCGGCCUCUUCUUGGCCAACAGCAGCGACUCAUUGGAGAGGGUCCUGCGCUGCUGUACCCAGGCGUCCGUGGUGACAGACGAUGGCUUCGGGGAGAGCGGGCAGGAUGAACGGAGUCUGUACAUUAUGCGAGUGGUACAGAUAGCGGUUAUGUGCGUCCUGUCGCUCACCGUUGUCUUUGGCAUCUUCUUCCUAGGCUGCAACCUGCUCAUCAAGUCAGAGGGGAUGAUCAACUUCCUAGUGAAGGAUAGGCGACCAUCCAAGGAAGUGGAGGCGGUGGUUGUGGGACCUUACUGAUCUUCCGCUCCUUUGCCACAGCUUGUUCCCCCCCGUCCUACCCACCUUGCCAAACACAACUGCGCCUCUCAACCAUCUGAGAUCUGGCGAAAGAAACUUGUCGGAGUGAUAGCCUCCUAAAUGAUUCUUCGGCUGCUGCUUCGGUCACUGUCUCUUCUACCUAAGGGAUGAAGCGACCUCUUAGUCUCGCUCCGUUCUUUGAAAGCCUCCCACACUAAGAAGAGACUUCACCAGCCUCUGUGCACUUCUGGGACAGUCCAGCAAAAAGUAAUGAAAGAAAGGGAUGAGGAGGAUGGUGGAGAGCAAUGGGCGAUCACUUUCUAGUUGUUGGGAGAUGUCCCGUCGCCUGAGAUCCAAAGGAGAUCAGGCAAAGGGAGAGAUACGCAUCUCAGCUUGCAUGUAUGGGGACUGGAUCUUGGGGAAAGUGAAGAAAGUAGGAUGGGAAAGCCGAAUCCCCACGGCAAUGAUCUGACUAGUCGGCUGGCCCGGAGCCGUGCUUCCGAAAAAUGUGAUCUAUGUAUAUACAACGCGACAGACUUCACAACUACGACAUGCAAACUAAGCAAAACAAACAAACAAACAUUCCCAGAUUCAGUCCCCUCUCCACUGGAGGGGACAAUCGGUAACUACAUUUUGAUUGUAGCGCACUAUUUUAAGGGAUAUUUUGCUUAAGAGAUAAUAUUUAAAUUUGAAAAGUCUUUUACCAACCCUUUUUGUUUGGCUGUGGAUUUGGAAUUUUGUCAUCUUGAGGGAGAGGGGAUUAAUAGGGGAAUGGGCUUCAUUAGAGAAGAGAGGGGAUAAAAGGGGAGUGGAAGGAAGAAAAAACAACAACACCCGCGAAUGUGAAUGUUGUGAAUUGUCUUCUACCGUUGCUUUUUCUACGCCCAUAGUAGUAUGCAGGGCUGGCCUGGAGUUGGCCCAUGGGGCAUGGGGAGCAGAACGGGUAGCAUGUGAGAGAGAACUGCACGGGUUUAUGCAGCAAAAGUGCUUUGAUGUGUGGCACAAUUUUGGUUUUUUUCCUUUAUUUAAAUUUUCUGUAAUAAAUGCAUAUUCAAAAAAAAAUGUUCCUUCUGCUAACCUCCUAGUGGUUUUUCCGCGAUUAAGGAAAAGGACGGUGAGGGAGAGGGGUGCUUUGGUGAAAACGAGUAGGGAGGGGACAGUUGGGCUUGGGGAACUCGGGUUAAGAAGACAGGUCAAAGGGACAAGGCAAGUGGUUGAGGGAAAGGACAGAACAGUGAAGCAAUCUGACAUUUUAAAGAAUGCCAAGAAUCCUUGUAAAUGUUAC